AUGAAGAAGAUGUUCCCUAAAUCUACAAACGAGCCGUGGAAUCAUUCAUACAGAAGUGAUUCUGUUUCUGUUACAAAUCCAGAGUUUGAUGAAACAGAUGAUCAGCUGGGAGGUGCAGAUAUACUAAGCGACUCUGAGCUGAGGAUGGUCUUACUUGGACGAUGUGGUGUUGGAAAGAGUGCCGCUGGAAACACUAUUCUGGAAACUGACAUAUCUUACCUAGCGCCCUUCUCCUUUUUCUACUCCCUCAUUCGCAAGCAGGAUCCGCCAUUCCGAUCUGAAAUCAGCAGCCAGCCAGUCACUCUGUGCUGUGAGAAAAAAAAUGCAAAGAUAAGAGGGCAGCGUGUCGUCGUCGUUGACACUCCUGGAUUCUUUAAUACUCGCCUCUCUCUCGAGGAAGUCAAACAGAGGGUCAGAAGUAGCAUUGAGCUGGUCUUCCCAGGGCCCCACGUUUUCCUGCUAGUAAUGCAGCUAGGGUGUUUAACCAACGAAGACAAAGAAACGGUAAAUAUAAUUGAAGAAAUUUUUGGCAAGGAGAUCCUGGGAUAUACCGUAGUCCUUUUUACUCAUGGAGACCGUCUGAAGGGCAAAAAGAUUGAAGACUUUCUUCAGGAUGCCGAUGAAAAUCUCCUGCAGCUACUUCAAAAUUGUGGCAACAGAUAUUUUGUGGUUAAUGAAGCUGAAGCAAAAGGUAUUGGAGAGACCAAGAAGCUGUAUGAAAUAAUCGAUCAAAUGGUGAUUAAGAAUGGUGGACCCUUCUGCCUGGGGGAUGACAUUCAGGAGACCACCAAUGACUUCAAAAUAGAUACUGAAGAUGCCUGGAAAAGGAACAGCAAGAGGGAACCUCCUACAUUUCCAGACGAGAGUCCUGCUGCAUUUCCGAUUGCCACCAGUUAAUGAUCUUCUCUCCUUUGUGAUCUGCUUUUUCGGCCUACACUCUUCAACACUGUCGCAGUUUUGCCUGACAAUGCUGCUCUUGGACUUUGAAAACUCAUCAUACCGUCAAGCAGGAAACUGAAUGAAGUCCUUGGCUUUCCUCAUGACCCUUGGUGCAGAUGAACUGGAUUUUAAAAUGGAUGGAUAGAUUCAUGUGCAUCUGUCAUGCUUCAGGUGAAAUCUCCUUGUGUGCAUCAUGGUAAUGGCUCUGCCACCAGGCUAUGCUUUGGAAUGCUGGCCCAGUCGUUACGCCUGUGGAUGCCCACUGUGUUUAUGGGGUCUCUUUUGGGGUGUAUAUUAGGUUAGCUGUGAUCUCAGAACUGGCCCAGCAUGCGCGAGUGUCUGCGUGUGAGUGACUGUGCCUGACGGACGGCCGUCCCAUUUAAGGGUUGCUUUCUGCCUUUUGCACAACGCUUCUGAAAUGGGUUCUGGCCACUGUGACUCUGAACUGGAUUGAGCUGGUUUGAUAAGGAACGGCCGGGUGGAUGGGAAAUCACAGUAUUUAGGUUGACAGAAUCAAAAUGGUCAAAUCUAGCUUCCCCUUGUGCCAAAAUGCAGCAGCUGUCUGUCUGUCUGUCAUUCCCAUGUGACUCCGUUAGCAGCAUUAAGUACUCGGUGUGUCACUCUGUAUCUAAUAGGCUUUGAGCUCAUAUACUGUAUAUAUAAAAACCUACUUAGGAAAUAUUCUUUUAUAUACAAUAUAAUUUUAAUUUGUACUUAUUACAGGAUGUUCCAUUGCUUACUCUUUUCAAAUUAUGCUGGAUCAGUCAGAACAGUUUUGGGUUUUGCCAAGAGAAACCCUGAGAAGGUUCUUUAUUGUGGGAGAUUAUGAAGAAUAAAAGGAGGAGGGACAAAACCCCUAAUUAGACAGUGAUUGGUUUACUGUAUCAAAACAACUCUCUUUAAAAGUAACAACAAGUGACCACACACUGGACAUGCAGGAGCAGCGCACACCACUGACCUGCUCAACCCUGCGACGUUUUAAAUUGCUGCUCUCCUUAAUCUUGCAGCCUCCAAACUUCUGCACAAUAAUAGCACUUGGAGAAGAGAAUGGCUGAAAGAUAGGGAGCGUCUCAGCUAACAAAGAAAGCAGAAACAUUACCCUGCUGUUAUUCAAAAGGGGGGUCUCCUGGCAGUGCCCGACGCAGAUUAUAUGCUCAAAAACAAAUAAUUAAUACACGCAAAGUAUAAAAUGAUUAUUUCUGUCGUGGUCAAUUUUUGGCCACUUUCCACAGCUCUGUUUUCACUUUGACAUUACAGAGUCUUUGUGUUUGUCAGUUUCAAAAAAAUGGCAAAUUAAAUCCACUGGGAUUCUGGGUUGUAUAACAAUAAAAUCGUGAAAAAGUUACAAGGUGGCGAACACGUUUUAUAGGCCGUGUAAUUUCUGGCAAUGCAUCCGGUCCAUCUGUAGAGCUAAGACUCCCUCGCUCUUCACACAGUUGCUUUCAAUGGGAUUAGAGAGGUCCAACUUAAGGUGCCCGCUCGUCUUUUUUGAGAGCGACUGAUUACAGUUUUUCUCGGUCGCUUUGACGCCACUCUCACCGCACUUAAGGCGGUUCUCAAAACAGUUCAGGUAUUUCUCAUAACACCGACUCACCAGUGCAAACGACACUAAAACAAUCAAAACCUCGCAAAGUCCGUCAGUCACUUCAACUCUGCGACCAACGAAUAAAAACCUUUCACCACUGUUUUAAGACUGAGACACCAUUAGAGUCCCUUCCUUUUAAAGACCCAAGAGGACAAUGGGAAGAAGAUCUCUUAAUUCAUAUAUCAGAAAAGGAGUGGAAGGUAGCAAUGCAGAGAAUUCACUCGAGCUCCAUAUGCGCAAAGCAUAGAAUUAUUCAACUCAAAAUUAUAUAAUCAAGCUCAUCUGUCUCGCUUAAAACUGUCCAAAAAUGUUUCCAGGGCAAGAUCCAACCUGCGAACGCUGCAAUCAAGCUCCAGCCUCACUGGGUCACAUGUUCUGGGCCUGCACCAAAUUAACAUCAUUUUGGACCAAAAUAUUUAAGUGCCUUUCAGACAGCCUUGGGGUCACAAUCCCUCCAUUAACAGGUGUGUUCGGUGUUCUUCCAGACGGAUUUGAAGUGGAGAAGGACAAACAAACGGUGAUUGCGUUCACUACACUUUUGGCACGCAGACUUAUUUUGUUAAAUUGGAAGAAUCCUAAUUCUCCUCUGAUAAGUCAGUGGGAAACCGAUGUUUUAUAUUAUUUGAAAUUGGAAAAAAUCAAAUUCUCAGUUAGGGGAUCUGUACAGAAUUUUUUCAAAACCUGGCAGGAUUUAAUCAAUAUUAUUUUAGAAUAAGAAGAAUUUUCUUUCCUUCUCCAUUUCUCUCUUUUUGCCCUAUUAAACUCAAUAAUUUAGGUAUGUUUACAAGCCUUAAGUAUUACUCCUUUGGCCAUACUCUCCUUCUCAGGGGUGGGGAUCGA